AAGCACACGCACGAGAAGGAAGGAAGGAAGGAAGGAAGAUCCCGCAACCUUCACAUCUUUCCUCGUCGCCUCCCGAUCUCCGUACCCGUUGCAGUUGCUGCGUCUUCUUCGAGCCCCCUUCGCAAUGGGUUGUCCAUCGUUCCGGCACGUCCUUGUCGCAAUGCUGGCGCUGUUUUCAAGCCUCCGAGCUGUGUCCGGGAUUAGAAUCGUUAUCGACAGAGAGGAGUGCUUCUCUCACAAUGUUGAGUAUGAAGGGGAUACAGUGCACGUUUCUUUUGUCGUGAUCAAGUCUGACUCAUCUUGGCAUUAUACUGAAGAUGGUGUCGAUCUUGUGGUGAAGGGACCUUCUGGUGAUCAGAUCCACGACUUUCGCGACAAGAUAAGCGAGAAGUUUGAUUUCGUCGCUCAUCGUAAAGGAGUCCACCGUUUCUGCUUCACUAACAAGUCUCCUUAUCAUGAAACCGUUGACUUCGACGUACAUGUUGGGCAUUUCUCAUACCAUGAUGAGCAUGCAAAAGAUGAGCAUUUCAACCCUUUGUUGGAGCAGAUAGGAAAAUUAGAAGAAGCUCUUUACAACAUUCAAUUCGAGCAGCACUGGCUAGAGGCUCAGACUGAACGGCAAGCGAUAGUGAACGAUUCGAUGAGCCGAAGGGCAAUUCAUAAGGCCUUUUUCGAGUCGGUGGCACUCAUUGGAGCAAGUGUUCUUCAAGUUUACCUCCUCCGUCGUCUCUUUGAAAGGAAGCUUGGGACGUCAAGAGUUUAGUUCUUCAUCGUGUCGCGUAAAGCAGUUGAAUUAUUCGCCGGAUAUUGAUGCUUCUCAACAUAAGAGCACGCAUCUUCCCGCUCUUUACCGGACAUGUACAGUAACUGAUCAAGUGCGAGAUUUUUGUUUGCCUUUAGAACGAUUGAUAGAUUGAUUGUCCAGAUUAAUCUAUUAAAUGUUUAGGAAGUAA